AUGCUGCUAGAAGCGCUAGCGACUUUUAUGUUCUCCGCGACGCCUUCAACAAGCGCAUCCAAGACAACUGCUUCAACACGAAGUCCACCUUCGACUUCGCCACCGACAAAACCUUCUCCUCUUUCCUCCUCAACCACGCGCCUCUGCAAGCUCCAACACGUCGAUGACCUAACAAAAAACAUCCUAAUACAAGAAUUUGAAUGCCCCGAUGACGUCUACAUUCUCGACCAGGCCGAGGAGCUCGACUUUGAGCUUCCCUACUCGUGUAGAGCCAGUUCUUGCUCUUCUUGUGCUGGCAAAGUUGUGAGUGGCACUGUGGAUCAGACUGAUCAAAGCUUCCUUGAUGAUAAACAAAUAGACAGUGGAUUCGUUCUCACUUGCGUUGCUUACCCUCAGUCAGAUAUUGUCAUUGAGACCUACAAGGAGGAAGAACUCGUUGGUUAA